AUGGCUGAGUCAAAUUUUUCUACGUUCAGGUACCUGGAAAACCAGAGUGCUGAAGCCACAUUCAUUCUCUUGGGCUUUUCAGAAUACCCAAAACUCCAGGUGCCUCUGUUCCUACUAUUCUUAACCAUCUAUACAGUCAGCGUGGUAGGAAAUCUAGGCAUGAUCUUGGUUAUCAAGAUCAAUCCCAAACUCCACACACCCAUGUACUAUUUCCUCAGUCAUUUAUCCUUUAUUGAUUUUUGUAAUUCUACAGUUGUUACACCCAAACUUUUAGAAAACUUAGUUGUGGAAGACAGAUCCAUCACAUUCCCAGAAUGCAUUGCUCAAUUCAUCUUUUUGUGUAUAUUUGUGGUGACAGAAGUGUACUUGUUGGCUGUGAUGGCUUAUGACCGCUUUGUGGCUGUUUGUAAUCCUUUGCUGUAUACAACUGCAAUGUCCCAGAAGCUUUGUGCCAUGUUGGUGGGUGCAUCAUACUUUUGUGGUACUUUUUGUUCCCUCACCCUGGGCAGCUUCCUAAUGAGAUUAUCUUUCAGAGGCAGAAAUAUCAUCAACAACUUUCUUUGUGAAUAUGAUGCCAUCGUCUCUGUCUCCUAUUCUGAUCUCCAGGUUACCCAAAAGAUCACAUUUGCCUUUGCUACUAUCAAUGAAGUAAGCAGCCUGAUGAUCAUUCUUACAUCCUAUGCUUUCAUUUUUAUCACAGUAAUUAAGAUGCCAUCUAGUGGUGGGUGGAAAAAAGCCCUCUCCACUUGUGCCUCCCAUCUCACUGCCAUUACCAUCUUCCAUGGGACCAUUCUUUUCCUCUAUUGUGUUCCAAUCUCCAAAAAUUCAUGGCUCAUGGUCAAGGUGACUUCUGUGUUUUACACGGUGGUCAUUCCCAUGCUCAAUCCAUUGAUCUACAGUCUUAGGAACAAAGAUGUGAAAGACACUGUCAGGAAAUUAUUCCAUACUAAGUUACAUGGUGAUAAAAUAUAG